AUGACACGAUCGGGUCAAAAGCCACUCAAGAAGCGCAAGGUUCUGGUCGAGACGAAUCCAAAUAUUGCUCAAGGUCACGUUGUCACGCGUCCGUGGGCCAAAGCCGAGGAUGAUCUACUGCUUGCGAAAUCCGUCAAGGUUGGUCCCAAAAAGAAGAGCAAAGCGGUCAAGGGUCAACAGCCAAAGAUGGAUUGGCCAGGGAUUGCGAAGCGACACUUUCCUACGCGCAAUGCUGCGGAAUGUCGCACUCGAUACGAAGCUUUGACUGGAAUCAAAACAAUUUUCACGCCCUGGUCAACAGAAGAAGACGACAAGUUGAUGGAACUCGUUCGAGUCAAUGGCGCCACGAGCUGGACAGCUCAUUCCAAGGCCAUUCCAGGUCGGAGCGGAAAGCAAUGUCGAGAGCGAUGGCACAACCAUCUGGACCCGGCAGUGGUAAAGAAUCGAAAGUGGACUUGCGAGGAAGACCGCAAGAUUGUCGAGAUGCAUCUCCAGCUCGGGAACAAAUGGUCCACGAUUGCAAAAGCCAUUCCAGGAAGAACAGACAAUGCUGUCAAGAACCAUUGGAACUCUUUCUUGCGCUGCCGCGUAGAAAAAUACUUGGUCGACAAUCUCAACAUCAGCACGAAUGCCCUGAGAGACAAUGCUGGUAGAUACAACAUUCCCACGGAAAACCUGGAUGACUGCAUGCUGCGCAUCGCGGAGAUGACACCGGCCACGAUGAAAGGAGGCAGCCGGCGACUGCCUUCACAGACCCGAAUCAAACUGAGUGUGCCAGAUGCCGUCGCCGAAAAGGUGGAAGUCAAGACCCCAGUGCCAACUGUGCGGAAGGAUCGAACCCAAACCCAAACUACCCGUGCAGACACUAUUGCAGGUACAACGACUGGCACGGCUACUUGUACAACGACUGUCAUGGCGAUGACUACUAAAGCAGCACGACCAACAGAGGCGCCCAAACCAUCUUCGCCAAUGCGAGCUCAACCAGCUCUUGAAGCACCCAAACCAUCUUUGCCAAUGCGAGCUCAACCAGCUCCGAAAGCACCCAAACCAUCUUUGCCAAUGCGAGCGCAAUCAGCUCCAAGCGCACCCGUUCUGGCAAAACCGACAGACGAAACAGUUGCUGAUCUCAUUGACCUGACGCCUCAGCUUCCGCCACCUGCUGUUACUACACGGUCACCUACGAUGCCGCCUCUUUUCGUUACUUCGUACACGACUUCUCUCCCCCCGACGUCGGCAAUCAAACGCAAGGCGAGGGAUGGGCCCGAGUUGGAAGAUGCUCCAAAGUUGGGCCAGCCCACGUCUCUUGAAUUGGAACAGUUGGGCCUGUGUCUGUCCAGGAUCAAAGGAGGGAAACUGAGCAACGGCAGCUACCUUACGGCAUUGGAGCGACAACAGUUUGCAGCUCGAAAGAAAAUAGCAGAGACCGGUUCUAUCGAAGAUCUCAAGGAGUUGAAUCUCACCGCAAAAGAGGCCAGAGAACUGCCGCACUUCUUUCAGUCCAAAAUCUGUCCCAAUCUUCCUCAAUCCGCAAACCUGGGAGCAUUCGGGACUCCGAAUGUGGAUGCAAUGGGCUUGUCACCGCAGAUUGAGCUCAAACAAGAGGGAGGGGCGGGUACCGAAAGGCUUGCAAGCCCAUGCUUGUCUCGCGACCUGGCUGGGAAAUCACCGAUGCGCCCCGCUGCCUUCCCUGGGCUGUCGCCAAUGUGGACUGUGGAAGACUCUACAUUCUUCCAGCAAGUUCUACCGGUAGGAGGAGAACAAGGCAUCAACAGUGCUUAA